CUGGGAUUAUUUCAUGCUCGCCAUGACCAGGUGCAGCAGCAGCAGCUGGCAGACUAGGAAGCCAAGGUUGAGUUUAGUCACUUGCCUGAGGUCACAGGGUUAAUAAGUGACAGGGUUUUGAAUCCAGGUGCGGCUUUUAAGCCUAUGACCUUAACCAUCAUUAUUUGCCAUCUCCGAUACAGAGAGAACUCAAACCAGUUGUGGAACCCUCAGUGGCCACUGAUGGUCAGAGCCCUUGAUGUCAAAGAGCUGAGAGCUCCUAAGCUGUCAGGGGCCACAGAGAAUAACUGGAUAGGAGAGCAGGCUGCCCGCCUGAAGAAACUACAGGAGCAAGAGAAACAACAGAAAGUGGAGUUUCGUAAAAGGAUGGAGAAAGAGGUGUCCGAUUUCAUCCAAGACAGUGGGCAGAUCAAGAAAAAGUUUCAGCCGAUGAACAAGAUAGAGAGAAGCAUACUACACGACGUGGUGGAAGUGGCUGGCCUGACAUCCUUCUCCUUCGGGGAAGAUGAUGAAUGUCGCUAUGUCAUGAUCUUCAAAAAGGAGUUUGCACCCUCAGAUGAAGAGCUGGACUCCUACCGUCGUGGGGAGGAGUGGGACCCCCAGAAGGCUGAGGAGAAACGGAAGCUGAAGGAGCUGGCCCAGCGGCAGGAGGAGGAGGCAGCUCAGCAGGGACCUGUGGUAGUGAGCCCCACCAGUGACUACAAGGACAAGUACAGCCACCUCAUCGGCAAGGGGGCAGCCAAGGAUGCAGCCCAUAUGCUACAGGCCAACAAGACCUAUGGCUGUGUGCCCGUGGCCAACAAGAGGGACACACGCUCCAUUGAAGAGGCCAUGAAUGAGAUCCGAGCCAAGAAGCGUCUGCGGCAGAGUGGGGAAGAGUUGCCACCUACCUCCUAGGCACCCCAGCUCUCUGGGACGGGGUAGGGAGGGGCAGGCUGCUGCUAUUAAAACCCAUUCUGGAGCCCCACCUCUGAACCACCUGCUAACGGCCAUCACUCAGGCUGGAGGAAGCAGGUGUUUGAUUUGUCGCUCUUAGUU